AUGUCUCUCUUACUUUACUAAUGGGUGUUCAUAGAUAUGGAUAUGAUGAAGGAGAAGUUUGCCAAGCUGCUACUCGGCGAGGACAUGUCCGGUAGGGGGAAAGGAGUUUCAUCCGCGUUGGCAUUGUCGAAUGCAAUCACAAACUUAGCAGCUUCUGCAUAUGGAGAAAUGAAGAAAUUGGAGCCAAUGGCGCCGGAUACAAAAGUGAAGUGGAAGAAGGAGAUAGACUGGCUACUCUCCGUCACAGAUUCCAUCGUUGAAUUCGUUGCUGUCAAACAAAAGAACAAGGAUGGAACCACCUUUGAUGUGAUGGCAACGAGGCAGAGGAACGACCUUCAGGCGAACAUUCCGGCGCUGCGGAAGCUCGACACGAUGCUUCUUGAUUGUCUGGACAAUUUCAAGGAGCCACACGAGUUCUACUACGGAUCAAAGGACGACGACAAGGGCGAAAAGGUCCAACGAAGCGACGACAAAUGGUGGAUCCCCGUGCCUAAGGUGCCGCCCAACGGGCUGUCGGAUGCCAACAGAAAAUGGCUGCAGUAUCAGAAGGACUCAGUGAAUCAAGUCCUCAAAGCAGCCAUGGCCAUCAAUGCUCAAGUCCUCACCGAAAUGGAAAUCCCAGAUGCCUACAUUGAUGCUCUCCCUAAGAAUGGGAGAGUGAGUCUUGGAGACUCAAUCUACAAGAUGAUCCAAGAGGACUUCUUCGAUCCGGACAACUUGCUGUCGUCGUUGGACUUAACGUCUGAGCACAAGAUCGUCGAGCUCAAGAACAAGAUCGAGGCGUCUGUCGUGAUAUGGAAGAGGAAGAUGAAUGCUAAAGACAACAAGGCCCCGUGGGGAUCUGCUGUGAGCGUGGAGAAGAGGGAGCUUCUCGAAGAUAGAGCCGAAACCGUUCUACUCAUCCUCAAGCAUCGCUUCCCCGGCACCCCUCAAUCCGAUCUCGACAUCAGCAAAAUCGAGUCCAACAGAGAUGUGGGGUAUGCGAUUCUUGAGAGCUACUCGAGGAUCUUGGAGACGUUGGCGUUCACCGUAUUGUCUAGAAUCGAGGAUGUGAUGAGCGCGGACGCUCAGGCGAAGGGCUCGGCCAAUAUUGAGAAGACGAAGUCCAUAAAGGAGGACAUGGAGUCUGUUCCGAAGACGCUGGUGGAUGGUGCGGAGACGAACACGGAGCAGCAGGGCGAGGCGGACGGGAAGAAAGCCAACGACGAGAAUGCAGAGGCGAAGAAAUAGUAACUCAACAUU